AUGGACAACAGUAUCAGCAUCUAUGUAUUAGCAAAUGAUCCAAAAAUAGUUCUCUACCAAAGGAACAAAAAGCUGGUGAAAUACUCCAGUAUUCUGUUCUCUGUAAAAGUUGAUAUAGUGUUUUCUGUUCUGCGGGAGGAGUGUAUAAAGAGUGCUCUGCAGAAUAUUCUGUCUGAGAGAAUGUUAAAUGGACCUCCCAAUGCUAAGACUUCAUAUAAACUUGUACUAAUACCUCUUUUUCGGCCUGGAGAAAAGAUGAUCUGCAUGCUCACGUGUCCUGGGGUAGGUGCUGAAGGAUUCACACCAGUCUUGAUAUAUCCCAAAAAGGCUGCGUUCAUAGAUUAUGGGAAGUGUAUAUGUUCCCGAAAUUCAUCACCGGUACUUUCAGGUCCUUGA